AUGGAUACUUUAAACCGUAACGGCCCGCUCAAUGAUAGGAUAUCCUUUCUGCUGAAGGAGGUGAAUUUCGGUGACGCCAUUUCACAGGAGGGAUUUCUUCAGCUGUACCGGGAGCUUAGGGCCAGUUAUGAGUGCCAAGAAAAUGCAUCACCUGCUUCAGACUACGCGGGCGAGCAGGAUGAAGAGGUCAAACAUCUUUGUACACAGGCGAGCCUUCUUUUCGUGGCGCGCGUACUUUUCGCGGCGCAGGCGCAAGGAGGCAGAACAGUAUCCAACUUUGGCUGUCCAAUAUCACGGAUUGUUGCUGCUGCGGGCAUUAGUCUUCUUGAUUUUUUCCGCGAGGUGAAUGUCGUGGUCAGCAAGCUUUCUUCAUACUUUGAAGCGCGUGGGGGUAGUUCGCGAUUGUUUGCGCAGCAGGCUCAGCUGAAGGAGAAUUCGGAGACUGUUGUAGUCAUGGGUUUGCUCGCCAAAAAGUACAAGCAGGACAAUUUCGGCAUGCUUCUGCAUCAGUUAGACUUCUUUAAGCAGAUAGUGCUUAAGCUUGGGUGGAACGCAUUCCUUGUGCUACGGAUCAAGCUUUUGAGUUCCUUUCCCGAUGUCGUCGUACGCAGUUGCGUUGAACUUCUACCGUGCGUUUUCGCCAUCCUCGUUAGUCACGCCCCGCAGCUUCCAGACUGCCUUAGCCAUGUCAGUGGGGCAGAAUACCGUUCAGCACUUCUCAAAUCACUUUCAGCAGAGAUAUGCAAGGCAGACUACAGCAGGGUGCAGGCGCGUAUUCCCAGUGUCGAAGCUCUGCUCUCUCAUGUCCUGACGUCUGCUGUUCCAGAAUGGCGGGAGGCGGCGUCCCAUGCCCAAUUGGAAUCAAACUUAGCAAAAAGUGCAACCGCAGCGGAAAAGUGCACAUUUCCGGGGGUUGUGGACCUUGUAUCUAGUAAGGCAGGUCGUUUGCUGGAGGGCCUUGUCACAGAUGGCAAUCGCAUGCAGCGCGCACUUUCUGCGUUGGAGACGGAAUACGCGCAGCAUUACACACGCGGCGGCAGCGAACUCGAUGAAAGAGAGUUCUUGUUCACAGACUUCACAAAAUUUGCAUCGCCCCGUUUUUCACCACGGCACAUGCAGUCUGCGGUCAUGAAGCUACGUGCAGGCCCAUUACCUAUCCGCCAAGGGUCACUUUUGGGCCCCGGCGCACACACAACAGCAUCGUAUGCAAUAUCGCCAUCCUCGAUGAAUCCCAAGACGUCACUGCUGGCACGGAUGCAUUCGCCUUUACCAAAGCUUAAUCUCGGCGUUGAGACUGGUCCACCUGUAACGCCGGUCUCAGAGAUAAUGAGCACGUCUGCAUGGCUUCGUGGCAUAACUGCCAGCCUGGCAGCUGAGGUUCGCGAUGUUGCCCCUCUUGUUAAUGUGCAGCCGUCCCCAAGCGUAAUGAGGUAUCUUGCGGAAGUGGCGGUACCUCCUGAUGGAGAACAAGGUGCCUGCGUGACUGUAACUCUGUCAGCUGCAGAGCAGCUGAAUCAGAGAGUUCAAGAGUUGGUGAGCUGCAUCAUGCCAGAAGAGAAAAUUCCUUCCCUUUUGGGUUCAUUUCCUUUGUUGCAACCGUCGUUGGUGUCAGAGCGGCGUAUUGAGGUCACUAAGGUAUAUUACCUUAGCCUGGAGCGCAUCUUGCAGGCCGAGGAGAAGAACAACGGUGUGGCAGGUGUUACUUCCCUCCUUUCAGCUGGCAAGUUCCAUCGCGCCUUAGUUGCGUGUUCUGCCGAGGUGGUGACUGCAUGCUAUCGCAUGGUUUCUUGUACGUUCCCAAAAGUAUGUUCUUGGCCUCAGGUGUUGGAUGCAUUACAUAUCAAGGCGUUUGACUUGGCCAAGAUGAUACAAUGCUUCGUCAGGAGUAUUACAACGUUGCCCCGGUCUGUCAGGGAUCUCAAACGGCACCUUUUCCUCGUUGAAGAAAAAAUCCUCGAAUCCUUGGCGUGGGAGGCGGAUUCUCCACUCUACAGCCUCAUUUGCAGCACCGUGGCCCAGGAUGAACUUUUGGAAGAGUGUGCAACUUUUGAGGACGACACCAGUUUUCUGCCCGACACAGCUGACAAGACAAUGCAGGCACCUAAGUCUCUGGUGCUCAUCCCCGAUACAAGUGCAUCACCCCUGUCAACGAAGAGACCACAAGACUCGAACGUGCUUGAGUUUUCUCCGGUGAAAAAAGCCCGCAUGGAGGGGAGCCAGCACGCUGUUCAUCGUUAUUUGCGAAAGCUUCCACCUUGUAUUGGAGCCAAGUUCGUAGAAUCCGCUCACACAGAUGGUUGCGCGGCAGCAUUAAACCAUUUCUGUUGUAAGGUAAGAAAACAGGUACUGAAGCUUGCCGCCUUCAGGCUUGCGGUCUUAUGCGAUAACUUUGACUUCAGUCCCUUGCAACGUCUAGAUGUCAAUACAAAGGUAUGGGUGUAUCAGACCAUCGAGCAUGCUCUGUUCUUCCAGACACACUUGUUCUAUAAUCGGCACAUCGACCAGAUAAUCCUCUCGGCACUUUAUGGUUUUUGCAAAGUUCACAGGCUGGCCCAGGUUUCAUUUCGUGAAAUAAUCGCACAUUACCGCAAGCAGCCUCAAGCACAACCGUCCAUAUUCCGUUCGGUCGUGGUUGAGCAGUCAAAUCCAAGCUUGCAGGUAGGUCAGGUGGGGAGGCGUGCCGAUAUUAUUGCGUUCUACAAUCAAGUCUUUGUACCUUGUAUGAAGUCUUUUUUACUGCGGAGUGGUAAAGGAGAGUAUCCUGGGACCAUUGGACCUACCAUCGGCAGCCCUGACAAUGUUACUGGAGAAUUGAAGGGCGAUAUCUCGAUAAGUUGUGGAGCGCCUGCAAUGGAAGGCGAACUGUCAGCAGCUCAUGACAGUGCGGGCAAGAUGACGCAAAUUAUGAAACAGUUAGGGCUGGAGGCCCUAAGAUCACCCGGGACAGAACAUCAGAGGAGCCAUGCUGGUAAUAGGGGGGUGCUUAUGCGUUUUGGUGUGCCUACAGAUAAUGCAGUGGAUGGAGUUCAUGUGAUGGAUUCAGCACAGAACUGUGCGGCGUUACUUACCUCAGCUCAUGAAAUGGAAGUGCGUGCUGGCUUGAACACGUGCACACCUGGGAAGCGAACCGAGCACCAAAUACCAGAUAAUUGUGGGACUGAGUCGCAGCAAUACUGUGAAGUGGGAUCUAGACUUAACGCUGGACCUGGAUGGGUACUUCGCCCUGUUGGCCUUGACGGCGGUCCCAAGAGUUGUACAGGCUUAGACCAAAGCUUUAACGGGCAGGCAGCUUGUGCUGGCCUGGAUGUAUUUGAUGAUGCGGAUACCUACGACUGUUCACAAUUUCAGAAGACCUGCAGGCGCCAAAGGACGCCGAAUCGGAAGCAUGGAAGUGACUGA